UUGGAGCGGGAACGUUGACUGGUAAGCAAUUUGAUGCAAAAAGUAUUUUUGUAAAGACAAAUGUCGAUUAGCACUUUACGCUAGCUAACGUUUGUUAGGACUUUACUGGUGGCGUCAUCAUAGUUUGAAUCUAGCUAGCUACGUUAUCCACUGUAGCUAGCUGUAGCUAGUAACGGCUUUGUCCAUUUCGAUUGUCUAACAGAAACAGUUUUGUCAGUUUCUAAAUAGCUAACUGAAUAUAGUUUUUCCGUCUAGAUCUAUAUGGCUCUACCAACCCUCUCUGCCCACUGGCCGAGUCGAGUUCGUUCUCUGGAAAGCCAGAUGGUGCGGCACUGCCGGCAGCGGGAACAGGAGGCACGGUGGCGGCAGCAAUGGGAGAUGCACUCGAAAUACUACAGACAACAGAACGUUGUAAGCAGUAAGCAGGCACACUGGAGUUCUCGUCAAUCAUACCAGCAGAGGUAGGCCUAAUUCACAAGGGCUGUAUUGUUCUUCCACUGUUUUGUUUGUACUUCGGAAAUUGAUCAUUGACUGAGAUACUAUGAUGGGAACUAGGAUAUGUUAUAACUAAUUUCAUGCUUUAAAAAUGUGCUGAUUCUCCAGUCCUAAAUAGUAUUGAUCCAACUUUUCUUGUAGUUGCAACAGUUCAUCAAUGAUAACAUAACACAUCAGUAGAUCAAAUGGAUGAUACUUGAAAACCAUUAUCACUAGUUAAUGGCGUAUCUCCUUUCUCUCCCAUUCAUCAGUAUGUCAGCAUACCACAAAGAGAGACUGAAAGAGGAGCAGGUGGUGAGUCUGGAGCAGCGCAGGGAGCGUCUCAGAACCCUGCUCCAGGAGGAGCGGGACCAGCUUGAGGCUGAGUUACGGGAUGUUGUCCCUGACAGGAGCACACUGACUAGGCAACUGGUGGACAAGACCGAAGACCUCCGCUCAGCCCGAGAGGAACGAAGGAAGAAGGUAUAGAGGCAUUAACCUCAUCCGGUUUAUUCCUCAAAUACACAUAAGAUACACAAGCACUGAGCUGGCAGAAUGCAUUACCAUUGAUUUUGUUGUUUUACUAUUCUACCACACAGCUAGCAGAAGAGCUGUUGAAGGAGCACUGGAAGAAAAACAACCCUGAGUUGCGGAAGGUUAGUGGCCGAUUGUAUCUGUCUUUUAAUGAGAACUGGAGGUUUAGGGAUGCCAUGUAUAACCCUUGACAGUUCGUCUCAACAAUUAGUGUUUCUUAUUGGACAAGUCCUCCCUGUUUCAGUCCAUUUGGUGCCUACUGAACACAACACUGGUGACGAAGUGCUGUCUGGUACAUUUGAAGAGACCUGACACAGUUUUUUUGUCAAGAAGUAGACUUGAUCUGGAAACCAAUAGGGCUUGUGAUGCAAUUGUUCCAUGUCUUUCUGUGAACCUGACUCCUGGAUUGAGCUCAGAGUCUAAAAUAAACCCCACGUUAUCCCUUCCCUUUAAGGUCAGGUUUAUGUGUCAAUGUCUCGUCUGUGUAUCGAAUCCUGAUUGAACUGUUUGUGUCUACAGGUCGAGUCAACCUUACAUAAAGAUCAUGUGGUGAGCCAAUGGCAGACACAGACCUUGGAGAAAAAACAGGUAUGCACUCUAUGCUACAGCCAGUACUACCUUUCUGCCACAGGGUUUAGUUCACUUCUCAGUUAGUGCGCUUUAACUCAGAAUUGAGUAUUUCAUUUCAAGAUGGCUAUUAGUAUUUAAAGAGCAUUCUUGAAUCUGUGAGUACAGUAUUUUAUUACUGAAAUAAAGUCGUGUUAGACUACUCUUUUCUCAGAGUGCAAAAUAAGACCUUCCUUAAAUGUGUGGAUAUCCACAAUGCUUUUUAAAAAUAAGACAAAUAGUGUAGACAUAUCUUAAACUGAUUCUCUAUCAUAGAAAGACAAUGACGUAUUAAUCCAAAGUAAUCCCUGCAUUGAAACCUGCAGCACGAAGAGGCAGCCGAAGAGGAGAAGAGGCGCUUUGAGAACGAAUACGAGAGGAGUCGACGGGAGGCGCUUGGGAGGAUGAAGCAGGCGGAGGAGAGAAGAAGAGCAGAGGACAGGGAGAGAGCCGAGGAGCUCCGCAAACAGAUGGAAGAGCUCAAGCUCCGGGAGGAAGAGGUAAGCAAGCAGCUGUCGUUCAGUCUCCGGACACUAGUUCUGCAGAGGAAGAUAAUGGUACUGUUACAAACCAGAAGAAGAAGCACCAUACACGGUGUAGUGCACUGAGUAAAGCAAGACUAUGGAGACCAGUCAGAUGACAUAUUAAUAAUAAUUUAUUGUGUCCGUUUCAGAAAAUGUGUCUUGCAUCUCAUCUCAAACUCAACAGCACAUCAUCACCACAUAUACUGCAUAAAUACAUACAAUAUAAAUCAUAAGCAAAAUUACAACAACAAAAACAACACACGUAUACAGUCCAUGGGGUAAGCAACAUUUCAUACAUUUCAGAUUCAUGGGGUGGUGGGCAGUUAUUUGUUUAAUUGUCUGAUACUGGUGGGGACAAAUUAUUUCUGGGCUCUGGCGAUUUUGUGUACAUGAGAUCUGUAUCGGCAGCCUGUUGGUAAGACCUGGUCACCCUGCAUAAGCCUAAUUUGGAAUUGCACUGUAAACGCUGGUAGUGUGACUGAGCCCCUUUGCUAUCUCUGUUUUUCAGGCCAGGCAUCUGAAGAAGGAGCAGGAGGCCCUGCUGUCCCAGCGCUGGGAGGUGGAGAAGCUGGAGGAGGAGAGAAGGAAGGUGGAGGAGUGCCACAAGAAAUCUGAAAUGGGGUAAGUGACUCUCCCAUUGGAAGAGUUCAGUGAAGGAUGAUAACUAUAAAUAAACCAGCUAGACUGAAAAACUGCCUCAAGGCCAGUAGUAGUUGUUCUUGUGGUUUGAUCGAAUAGUUUCCUUACUCAGGCGAUUCUUGACCCGCCAGUACCGCGCCCAACUGAAGAGGAGAGCCCAGCAGGUGCAGGAGGAGCUGGUAUGUCUGCUUGUUUUUUUAAUUGCUCAGCUGCAUGUGAAUUGACACGAUGAGAUCAUCUCCCUUCACCAGUGACCACUGCUUGUAAUGCCUGUGUCGUCCACCAGGAGGCGGAUCGCAGGAUUCUGGCAGCCCUGCUUGAGGGAGAGCAGGAGGACCAGCGUCUGGAAAGCGUUCGGCGGGAGAGGGCAGUGGCGGAUGCCGCCUGGAUGAAGCAUGUCAUCGAGGAGCAGCUCCAGCUAGAGAGGGAGAGGGAGGCAGAGUUUGACGUCCUGUACCGGUCAGUAGAACCACUCUUAUUAUGACUUCCCCCUGCCAGUCUAGGUCUGACUAUGGGGUGGAGAUCUACGUUUUGUAUUGCAAAAUUAAAUGAAUGGUCUUGUCCUGUCCUGUCAGGGAGGAGGCCCAGCGUGUUUGGGAGAAGCGGGAGGCGGAGUGGGAGAAGGAGAGGAGAGCCAGGGAGAGGCUCAUGCAGGAGGUGAGUGGGCCUAGGACAUGAGCAACACACCAAGGAGUGCCAAGCCUGCAUCUUUGUAUCUACAGAAGACUAGAGAAUCCAAGUGUCUCUCUCCUUUUCUCCCUGGAAGGUUCUGGCAGGGAGACAGCAGCAGCUGGAGGUCAAGAUGCAGGAGAACCUUCAGGCUCAGGAGGAGUCUCUGAGGAGGCGCGAGGAGCUGAUCGAAGAGCUGGAGCUGGAGCGGCAGACCAGACGCCAAGAGAGGGAGGAGGAUGAGGGUCACAGGACGGCUCGGAUGCAGGAGAUCAAUGCACAGGUUGGCUGGGGCCUUCAAACUCCAAUUCUAAAAGGAUGAAUGAAAGGCUGUGAACAGCCUUUGUUGACCUGGGUCAGGUGUUGACCUGGGUUAGAUGAUGGAGCCGUCUGAUGUGGCUCAUUGUUGGCUCUCCCCUGCAGGUGGAGCAGCGGCGUCGGGAGCAGUGGGAGGAGCAGCGACAGAGGGAGCAGAUGGAGGAGGAGGAGAGGGAGGCCUUGAGGCUGCAGGAGGAGGAGCUGAGGCUGGAGACCCAUAGGAUGGUCCAGCAGGGCUACCAGAACAAGGUACUGAACCACAGUCCUGUUCAUUUGGGCACACAAUGUCAACAUAUUUACCUGGCAGCUAUAGAGACAACAAUCCAUUUGGCAAAUAUACUGAACAAAAAAAAAACUGCAACAAUUUCAAAGAUUUUACUGAGUUACAGUUCAUAUAAGGAAAUCAGUCAAUUGAAAUACAUUCUUUAGGCCCUAAUCUAUGGAUUUCACAUGACUGGGAAUACAGAUAUUAAUCUGUUGGUCACAGAUACAGUACAUAAAAAAAAAAGAUAGGGUUGUGGAUCAGAAAACCAGUCAGUAUCUGGUGUGACCACCAUUUGCCUGAUGCAGCGCAACACAUCUCCUUCGCAUAGAGUUGAUCAAGCUGUUGAUUGUGGCUUGUGGAAUGUUGUCAUUAAAUUAACAUGAAAUCCUCUGGCAACAGCUCUGGUGGACAUUCCUGCAGUCAGCAUGACAAUUGCAUGCUCCCUUAACUUGAGACAUCUGUGGCAUUGUGUUGUGACAAACCACAUUUUUUAGUGGCAGCACCAGUGUAAAUAUCAUGCUGUUUAACCAGCUUCUUGAUAUGCAACACCUGUCAGGUGGAUGGAUUAUCUUGGCAAAGGAGAAAUGCUCACUAACAGGGAUUUAAACAAAUGUGUGCCCCAAAUUGUAGAGAAAUAAGCGUUUUGUGCAUAUGGAACAUUUCUGCUAUUUUAUUUCAGCUCAUGAAACAUGGGACCAAGACUUUACAUGUUGCAUUUAUAUUUUUGUUCAGUGUAUAAGUCUAUUGCGGCCGAUUUGGAUUGAUAUUUCUUACCAUGUUUGCUCUUAAUUGCUAAAGCACUUGAUUCAUUUGUCCCAUGUUCAUACUCAGUCUUCCUCUAAUAGAUUCGUAGCAGACCCCGAUCAGCCUGGACAUGAUGAUCCUGUGA